AUGAAGCUCUCUUUUCUAAAGGCACUGUUACCAGCCCUGGCCUUGGUCAUAGGCGGCUUCGCCCAAUGCCCAAAGCAAGUCACGACCUACUCUCCCAUUCUCUCCCCCGGCCCCAGCGACGUCCUGUUCACCUCUUGCGCAUCUGGUGCCGACGGUCCCCGUGUCUACCCCAUCAACUCAACCACUUUCGAUUGGUGGUACUUUGACGCUGUAUCUGAUGAUGGCGAACACGCCUUGACCGUCAUUUUCUUCACCUCUUCCUUUGUCGGAUUCAGCUUCGACUUGUUGAACGCAAUCGACCCUCUAAACGUCUAUGUCUUUUACAACAAUGGCGGCGAUGGUUUCUCGUUUCCUAUUUCCUCUACUUCUGUCACGAUCAAACUCGAUGGCGAUGGAGCUUCGGGUGAUUGGACCGGAUCUGGUGCCAGUUUCCAAGGAGCGGCAGACCUGAGUACCUACAAAGUCACCUUCAAGAAAACGUUGUUGAACCCAUCCGUAGAGGGCACCUUUACGUUGAAGUCUCGUGGCCCCGGUCACUAUGUUUGCGGUCCCCUUGAAGCUGGCCAGAACAUGAAGGUUCUUCCUAACGUCGGCUGGGUGAAUGUCAUGCCUGCCGCAGAUGCCGCAGUUGACGUGAAGAUCAAUGGGCAAAACAUCAAGUUUACUGGUAAUGGUUAUCAUGAUAAGAACUGGGGUGAUGCUCCCUUCUUGGCCUCGCUGAACGGCUGGUACUGGGGUCAUGCGACACUUGGCGACUACAACAUUGUCUUCUUCGACAUGCUCGAUAAAAACAACGUCGAGAAGGUGGGAGGCUACGUUUUGAAAGACGGAAAGGUUGUAGGAAAUACGUGCACCACGGGCCUUCGAGUCCGACCUGUCGGCACGCCGUAUCCACCAACUCUAGGCUCGACCAACCCAACACAGAUGACACUGAAUAUGACUCUGGACGACGGCACCGAGUUGGAUGCUCUUCUCACAGUGAAGCAAACCCAGAUUGACAUUGAACUCUACAGCAGGUGGAUUGGCUCGAUUGAGGGAACUGUCGGUGACUAUGCAGCUUCGGGCUCUGCCUUGUGGGAACAGUUCAAGGUUGCUUCAUAA